GAUGAAAGAAGCAGCUGCAAAGCACAAACUAACUGGUUAUGAAUCAUCUUCAGAAGAAGAAGAACUUGAAAGCGAAAAUAUUUUGGGUUCAGUAUUGAAGUCAUAUGCAUCACUGGGAGGAACCAAUGAGGAUCUUGGACGUACACAAAACUUUCUCGAAGAUGCAUUCCAGUCUGGAGCUGCUAUUUGCUUGGUCUGCAUUGCAACAGUGAAGAGGAAUGAUCAUGUAUGUACACGCCUUUAGUUUUUCUAUGAAAUGGGAAUAAAUCUUUUUGAGAA